AUGACAUAGAAUCCAAUUGCAUAUAUUUAAAUUGUUCUAGACAUGCUGUAGUGAGUGUCAAAUAAAUUUAUUUAAAAGACAGCAAACUGACCAGAAUCAAAUCACUCUAGUCGCUACCCUCACGGAAUUCACAAGAAGUACGUUAAUCUCAAAAAACCGCCAAAAUGUGUGACGAUGAAGCAUCAGCUCUGGUUGUAGACAAUGGCUCCGGUAUGUGCAAAGCCGGCUUCGCUGGUGAUGAUGCCCCACGUGCUGUCUUCCCAUCAAUUGUUGGCCGUCCCAGGCAUCAAGGUGUCAUGGUUGGUAUGGGUCAAAAGGAUUCCUAUGUCGGAGAUGAGGCUCAGAGCAAACGUGGUAUUUUAACUUUGAAAUAUCCCAUCGAGCACGGUAUUAUCACCAAUUGGGAUGAUAUGGAAAAAGUUUGGCAUCACACUUUCUACAAUGAGUUGCGUGUUGCACCAGAAGAACAUCCAGUUCUAUUGACUGAAGCUCCACUCAAUCCCAAAGCCAAUCGCGAGAAGAUGACUCAAAUUAUGUUUGAAACUUUCAACUCACCUGCAAUGUAUGUUGCCAUUCAAGCUGUCCUAUCUUUGUACGCUUCCGGUCGUACCACUGGUAUUGUAUUGGAUUCUGGUGAUGGUGUUUCUCACACUGUACCAAUUUAUGAAGGUUAUGCUUUGCCACAUGCUAUCCUUCGUUUGGAUUUGGCUGGUCGUGAUUUAACUGACUAUUUGAUGAAAAUCUUAACCGAGAGGGGUUAUUCUUUCACAACUACCGCUGAGAGGGAAAUUGUUAGGGAUAUUAAGGAAAAGCUGUGCUAUGUUGCAUUGGACUUUGAACAGGAAAUGGCUACUGCAGCUGCAUCAACCUCUUUGGAGAAGUCAUAUGAAUUGCCUGAUGGUCAAGUUAUUACCAUUGGUAAUGAACGUUUCCGUACACCAGAAGCUCUCUUCCAGCCAUCAUUCUUGGGUAUGGAAUCUUGUGGUAUUCAUGAGACUGUCUAUCAGUCAAUCAUGAAGUGCGAUGUGGACAUUAGGAAGGACUUGUAUGCUAAUAAUGUACUUUCCGGCGGUACUACCAUGUAUCCAGGUAUUGCUGAUCGUAUGCAGAAGGAAAUCACUGCCUUGGCUCCUUCCACCAUCAAGAUCAAGAUCAUUGCACCACCAGAACGUAAAUACUCCGUAUGGAUUGGUGGUUCCAUCUUGGCUUCUUUGUCCACUUUCCAACAGAUGUGGAUUUCUAAGCAAGAAUACGAUGAAUCCGGCCCAGGAAUUGUUCACCGUAAAUGCUUCUAAGCUCUUACAAUUUUUUACAUCUUUAGCGGCAGCUUAUUUAAUAGCAACAACUAGUAACAUUAAGCUCACUCUGUUGUUUGUGCUUUGAACAUCAAAGAAACAAA